AUGAAGGUGUUUCUUGCGCAGUGUCUGCUGCACUGCCUGACAAUGACGGGAGGAUAUAAAACGGGGCGGACGGAUGGACAACGGUCAAUGAGAGGGAAAGAAAGACCCGUGUGUUUUUGAGCGAGCGACUGAUAACACAGAGAAGGAGAGAAUGAACCACCGUUGUUGUUAGACUGAAUCACACCAGAGUGUGUGGACUUGUUAGAGAAACACUGAAAUAACAUCGAACAUCCAUGAUGGAGCUGGUCCCUAAAACUAAGUACACUCACUUCCGGAGUGAAUCUCUCAGUUCGAAUGACGAUACCAACUCCAACCCUUUCUCCCUCCCCCCUUCCACCCCCGCAACCCUCACCCCUCCUGGGCUAACCUCCUCCCUCUCCUCCUCCUCUCUCACCCCCACUCCCCCUUCCUCCCCCCGCCGGGCCGAGAACAGCCCCACCACGCUCUGUUCCUUCUUCCCCAGGAUGGGAGCCCUUCGCCUGGGCAUCUCUGCUACUCUACUCCCAGGCCUCAAGGUCUCCAGCAGGCCUCAGCGGGCUCAAGCCCCCAUGGGGUCUUCAGGGGGUAACAGUUCCAGCUCUCCCACUCCUCACCCCCCUCCCUGUCUAACAGCCCCCUCUCCCCCCCAUCGCCCCCCUCUGCAGGAUAUGAACCGGCUGGGUGGGGCGUCCAGGAGGGCGCGGGUGGAGGGGGGGCAGCUGGGGGGAGAUGAGUGGACGCGCCACGGCUCCUUCGUCAACAAGCCCACCAGAGGAUGGCUACACUCAGACCAUGUGGUCAGCACCACUGGGGUCGCCUACUCAGUACGGUAUAUGGGCUGUGUGGAGGUGCUACAGUCUAUGAGGGCGCUGGACUUCAACACCAGAACUCAGGUCACCAGAGAGGCUAUCUCAGUGGUGUGUGAGGCAGUGCCUGGAGCCAAAGGAGCCCAACGCAAGAGAAAGCCGUCGUCUCGCUGUAUGACGUCCAUUCUGGGGAAACGUAACCUGCAGUUUGCUGGGAUGACCAUCAGCCUGACGGUCUCUACCAGCAGCCUCAACCUGCUGGCCUCCGACUGCAAACAGAUAAUUGCAAAUCAUCACAUGCAGUCCAUCUCUUUCGCUUCUGGAGGAGACCCAGACACAGCAGAGUAUGUAGCAUACGUGGCCAAAGACCCAGUCAACCAGAGAGCGUGUCAUAUCCUGGAGUGUUCGGAGGGCUUGGCCCAGGAAGUCAUCAGUACGAUAGGGCAGGCCUUCGAACUACGCUUCAAACAGUACCUGAAGAACCCCCCCAAACUAGUCACCCCCCAUGACAGGAUGGCUCCGUUUGAUGGCUCAGCGUGGGAGGAAGAGGAAGAUGAGGGAGCACCGCCCCCUGCAGAUGUUCCGUACUAUAAUAACUUCCCCGGGAAACAACCUCCUCCUGGGGGACUGGUGGACAUGAGGGCCCGCCCUGUGGCUACGCUGCCCUAUGGACAGCCGGGUCAGAAUGAUAUUCACAAGCAGCCGCUUCCCCCUCUACCAAUGGGAGCAAAGGAGGGAGGGCGGGACCUGUGUGAUGACCCCUCAUAUGUCAAUGUGGAUAAACCCCGCCCCGCAACAGCUGCAGCCAAUGGCAAUGCUCACAGAGAUGCAUUCGACAUGAAGCCGUUUGAUGAUUCCCUGGGUGUAUCAGGUCUGGGGGUCUCAGCGGCGCCCCCUCUGGUGGAACAGCUGCAGUGCGAGGCCUGGUUCCAUGGCAGCCUGAGUCGCAGGCAGGCUGAGAGACUGCUGACCCGUGACGGAGACUUCCUGGUCCGAGAGUCAGGCACCACCCCUGGACAGUACGUCCUCACUGGACAACAGGGGGGUCAGCCCAAACACCUACUACUGGUCGACCCAGAGGGAGUGGUACGUACCAAAGACCACCACUUUGAGAGUGUGAGCCACCUGAUCAGUUACCACAUGGACAACAGACUGCCCAUCGUAUCAGCAGGCAGUGAGGUGUGUCUGCAACAACCAGUGGAGCACGGGGCCUGAACACACACACACAGCAAUGCAACACACACACACUCUCAGAAACACUACACACAUAAGCAGUGCUGACAACAUUAAGGAAAGCCAAAAAAACACCUUUAUCACUCUUUCUGCCAAAAUCAUUUGCUCUCUGCUUUUCCUCACACCCUUCUCUCCUCCUGGACGACUCACUGUUACCUCCUUGAUCCCUCUGUUCAUCCUUCCGUCAUCGAGGUCCACUCCCUCCAUCCCUCCAAAGAACGUGGGAGUAACACCUAGGAACACUAUUUUCCUUCUCAUCGGGACAGAAAUUAAUACAAUUUAGUAAAAAAACGGAGCAUUAUUAAUUAAAUCAUGCCAUUGUAUCAUUCAGAAAUGAUUCUAUCAUAGUAAAGGACUAUGCACCUUGGAGGGGAGGAGUGAAACGUAGAGAAAGGAAUGGAGGGAUGGGGGAGAGGUCUUGAUCCAGACAUGGCAGAGGAAACAGUUUCUCUCACUGUCACAGAAGCACUCCAAAGACUUGUCUGAUGAUUGGACUCAUCAGAGAGCUCAGACAUGGACCCUCCAAUCAAAUAUCAGUGGAACACAUGAAUAACCAAUCAUGACUGAGAUCAGGCCUCCUGUUAAUAUGCAUUGACAUUUGUGUGUCCACACCAAUCAGGGCCCUCGCUUACCAUCAAGCCACUUCCAUUAAAAUACCUUUCAUAUUUGACCAUUGACCCUGAGUGAUACCUGGUGAUGUCACGGAGGACGUCUCUGUAUGCAAAAAGGGGGUUGCUAUACCAACAACCAUUGUCUCCGUCUGUCCAAAUAUGGACAAGGUUUCUUUCCGGCCUCCGAAGGUGGAGUUUGAUAAAAGGAUGUCCGACAUCCGCCUGUCUGUCUGCAUGGGACUGGUCUUACCUUUCUGUCUGCAUGGGACUGGUCUUACCUUUCUGUCCUGAUCAUGACAAAGAAAGUGGACUUGGUUGGACUGGGGCGGCAGAAACCAUGGAGAUGACUCCUACACCAACAUACAGUGUGCUAGUCUGUAUCUGUCAUGUGUACUUUCAUUGGGAGUAUAGUGUCUUUACAUAGAGAGGGAUGGAGAGAAGACUGGGAAGGGGCAGGGGGCCGGGGGGAGGUUCCACAUCUAAGAGAUGUCAUCAGACCUAGACACGAUGUCAUCUGAAAGAGUUCAAAACCAAUUCUACGACGAUGUCACAGUCAACCCAAAUGCGGCUGUCACAAUUUAAUCGGUGCUGUGUUGGAAUCGUAGUUCGUAUUAAUGCCAAUAUUUUCUUGCUUUUCAAUGGAUUUGUUAAUAUCUGCUUGCCUUGACAAUCUAUGGCCAUGUCUCUGUCUGUCGGGGGGGCAUACUGGAAGAAGUGUGUUAAAUGCCGAAAGCGUUCGGUCCAGAGCAUUCAAAGCAUAGAUUUUAUCUCCUCCCCAAAUGUGCUGCAACACUUGGUCAGGAGAUUAGCUUUUAGCGUUAGCAUUAGUGUGUGAUGUGUUUCUUGUCAGCUCACUGCAGGGAAAACUGGGAGCUUCGCAAACGUUGGUCAGAGGUUGGACUUUGACGUGUUGUUUUCCUUGGAAUUAGUAGAGGGAGAGAACGUGGAGGAAUCAUCCUCUCCCUCCUUCUCUUCAUGAUAUGUUUUGUAUCUUUUACUCGUGCCUUGUUUCUUCGAUGCAGUUGCCUCACUCCAGUCUGUCACCUAAUGUACUGUGCUUAUUAGACAGUCAGUUGAUGUACUUAAUCCAAAUGUAGUGGACCGUUGGAUCCUGUCACAUGGUCUCUCAGUCCAUCACUGACUCUCACCACCCAGGUCCAGUGAUGCCAAUCCACUCCUCUAUUGCACAUUCAUUCUUACUUCCUGUUGUCACUUGUUGUUGUCACGGUUGCUUGAUGUCGCAGCUCUCAUUGGAGGGAUUUCCACUCCACCUGUAAAUAACAUCAGAUCUGAUUGGUUGGUUUGAGUUAUUUGUUCUGAAAUGAAAGUCUUUAUUGUUUAGAUGUUAUUAAUAACAUGGGUGGGACAGAACCAGAUACUGUAUUUCACAUGUAAUACCCACAGAAUACUUUUCUCUCUGAAUCCAAUUCAUUUUGAUUCUAGCCAAUGAACCAUGUCCAGGUUUUUGAGGGAGGCUGAAACCAAACUGUAAACGUGGAAGUGAAGAGUAAACUGGGAUCUGCCACCUGCUGUACAAAAUAUUUCUGUCUCAUCAGUAGGGUUGCAAAAUCCUGUGGUUUUCCAGAAAUCCUGGUUGGAGGAUUCACGGAAUUCCUGUUUAUUCGCUUGUGUAAUUCUAGGAUUAUUUUAACCAGGAUUUCUGGGGAAUUUGGGGAAAGUUAUCUGAAUUUUGCAACUCUAGUCAUGAGAAAGGGCUCUUUGAGCCUGGACAGGUAAUUGUUUUAUUCAUCUUUCUCAUCGUGCUUGUGUGUGUGUUGUGAGAGAGGAUGUGUGGAUGAUCAGAGUUUAUGGUUGGGAGUGUAGUUCUUACAUGGUGGCACUUGUGCUCUGUGUGUGAGGCCUUUGCUUCAUUCUGUCACAAACACACAGACUGUUUAAGUGACUAUAGGUCCUGGAUAGGCAACAAGAAAACAAGUAUACAAGCCCCAAGGUGUGUGUGUAAAAGGAGUCAUCUAUCCUCUACAUCAUUUGUGAAGCAUUCUAGCGUUGUCAUUGUUCAUCACAGUUGCCUUUGUUGCAUGGAAAUCAUUUUUUUUUACAGUUUCUAUAUUGUUGUUUUGAUGUACUUUUUAAUUUGAGUUUUGAAAGCCAAAGGGUUAUUUUCAAUUAGCCUUCACAAAUAUAUUGAUUUAAUUUUUUACUUUUUACAGCUCUGUUGUAAUGCUCUUGUUCUUUUGGGGGAAAAUACAUCUGUUUACACCUGUACCUGAAAUCACAGAUGGCAUAUAAAUGCAUAUGUCAUGAAUCUUUCUUGGUGAGUUUGGUUUUAAAAUGCAGUUUCUGGAUUUACA